AUGCAAAAUCACGUUGAGAUGAUCGAAUCAAUGAGAAACCAAGCUACAGGAAAUGCUUCUAAAGACCCAAGACAGGAUCCAAGAACAGGAUUCAUUUUGUUGAUUUAUACAGCCAAUGCCACCCUCAUCGACAUUGCCAGAACUGCCUGCACCAAUGCAAACUGCAGCUUGGAGACGAUUCCGGGAGGUUUUCCUGAAAAACGCCUUUCAACGUGGACGAUUGACGAAACACGGAAGUGGAUGUUGGCGAUCACCGGAAACGAAAACGUGGCGAGAAAGUGUUUCGAAGAAGAAAUAGACGGAUUAGCUCUUAAUUUCACGUCGCUAGAGGAACUCGUCGAGAUUCUCGAUCUCCGCAUUGGACACAAGAUUAAAAUCCGUGCUGCACUCCAGGCUCUCAAAGAAUACGACGCCAAAACCGCUAAAGUUUAA